AUGUCGAAGACAGCAUUGUCAACACUAGAACCCCAUGAAUCGUUUACGCUCUGUAACCACAAACAUGGUGACAAGGUCCCUGAUAGAACAGUGACAAUGAUGUUGCUAAUGCUAGUGAUUCCUUGGAUUUCAACCAUGUGGGGUAACUGUGAGGUUAUGAAAGGCAAAAAAUUUACGUGCACACAGUUUUUUCACAAAGGAGAAGAACCCAGUGGCCUUGAACCAAACAGAUCUGCUCGGAUUUGCCAGACCCACGAGGGCAAAGUUCAUUUUGCAACAAUGUAUGACAGGGAAAAACGCAUCCCAAUUUAUUCUGCCUAUAAAUAUAAUAGGAAAGAUGGAAAGUUUAAUAGAUCUUACUACUAUGAACCCCAGCUUGUAGACCUGAAGAACGGAAAGAAGAUGAUGAAAAUGCCAGAGAAUGCUACUAAAGAAGUAAAGGAAAGUCAGGCAGUGUCAGAAGAUUAUAAAAAAGAGAAUAUGAAUAUAUUUUCCAAGCAAUAUAAUCGAGGUCAUCUAAAUCCAAUUAUUCAUCACAAUGAUAUACACAGUAAGGAAGCAACAUGCACCUUGACUAACAUUGUGCCUCAACUUCAGGACCUAAAUGGUGGCCAGUGGACCAAAUAUGAAGGAAUAGAAAUGCAGAACUUUACAAAAGGAUGCAAAAAAACAUAUGUGAUUGUUGGAGUUAUUACAGGAAAUAACUAUACUUAUACGAAUAAUGAAAAGAGGGUUAAUGUGCCGAGUCACAUCUGGACCGCUGCUUGCUGUGUCAAUGAAAAAGGUACUUCUGAAAAAUUCUUUGGUUACAUUGCUAAAAAUAACAAAAAUGAAGUAAAAAAUAUCAGUCUUGUUGAUCUACAGUACUUACUAAAGACAGCUUUUGGCAGUGAUGUGACUUUAUUUAAUGGUGACUGUAAGGGAAACAGAAAUACCCUUUUCCAGAAUUUUUAA